CCAGGGCUCUCACGGGACACGGUACCGGGACGUCCGGGAGCGAACGUCACGUUGACCUGCCAGGACAAGGGGCCAGUGAACGUCACCGUGUCCUGGCAGGUGGAGGAGCGGGGGGCGGCGGUGGUGGGAGGCCGCAGCCGGCGGCUGGCAGAGGGCAACGUGCUGCUCCUGCGGCGGCUGCGCUACGAGGACUCAGGGCGCUACAGCUGCUAUGUGGGGGGCCGCUUGCUGCGCUCCCUGCGGCUGCUGGUGGAAGAGCCCCCCGAAACUCCCCGGGUCUCCUGCUACCGGCGGAGCCACGACAAAGACGUCCUGUGUGAGUGGCCGCUGCGGGCAAAGCCAUCCCCAGGGACACGGGCGAUGCUCUGGGUGAAGCGGAGGUUCGUAGCUGAGAAUGCCACGGAGCAGCAGUGCCGCUACUUCUCCAAGGCACGGAAGUUUGUUUGCCGGGUGAAGGUGCCACCCGGUGCUGACGACACCAAACCCCUCGUGGUGUCCACGUGUGUCAACAACGGUGCCGGUGGCUCGGCUGGUGAGGACAGGAUCAUUACCCUCAGCAGCGUCUUGAAGCCCGACCCCCCCCUCAACGUGACGGUGGAGGCGCUGGAGAAGGCGCCACAGCGGCUGCGGGUCAACUGGUCCUAUCCCUCAUCCUGGGACCCCCGCUUCUACUGGCUCCGCUUCCAGGUCCGCUACCGCCCCGAGCCCGCCCAGACCUUCACGGAGGUGGACCAGGUGACAACGACGUGGCUGGACAUCCAUGACGCCUGGCGAGGGACGCAGCACGUGGUGCAGGUGCGGGCGCAGGAGGAGUUCGGCCAUGGUACGUGGAGCGAGUGGAGCCAGGAGGCGGUGGGCACGCCCUGGACAGACCCCAGGGACCUCACCUUUGAAAUGGGCCCCUUCAGCUCACAGUUCCCCAUGGAGGAUGGCACAUACGGGGUCACGCUGCCCCCUGAGCUGUUCGGGGAAGAUGCUGCUGAUGGUGCUGGUGGGGACAUCGUGGAAGCCAGCACCCACUCCGUGGCAUCCCCCUACGCUUUCCUGGUGGCUGGGGGGAGCCUGCUCCUGGGCAUCGCCCUCUUCGUUGGCAUCGUGGUGAGGGGCGGGCGGGGGGGAGCCAAGCCAGAGGGCGAGGGGCAGCAUGUGCUGGUGCCCCUGGGCCCCCCCAGCCCCCCGCUCAGUGAGACACCCCUGCUUUCACCUCCCAGCCCCCCGGCCCCUGGGGCUCUCCACGUCACCAACUUGGACUAUUUCUUCUCAGGGCGAUAGCCAGGGGCUGGAUGCGCUGGCAGGCGCCUGCGGGUCAGGUGGGGGUCCCUGGCCCUGGGGGGUUCUGGGGCUGGGAUGUAACCCCAGGAGCAGCCCCCUCACCCCCCUAUCCAGGGGUGCUGAAAGCCACAC